AUGGAGACGGCGGAGGCUCCUAAAAUCCCGACGACUGCCCAACGGAAAAGUCCGACGCCGGCAACGGAAGAUAGGAUCAGCUACCUGCCAGACGAAAUCCUCGCCCACAUCCUCUUUUUACUCCCAACGAAGCACGCCGUGGCCACCUCCGUCCUAAGCCGACGGUGGAAAGAUGUGUGGACUGGAGUCUACAAUCUCCAUCUCGAUUUCAAUAACCGUUUCGGAGAAUCGGAGAUCGUAGCCAAUGCUCAGGAGAUUCGAGAGAGGCGGUACCUGGAAUUCUGCCGCUUCGUCGACACGGUUCUGAGCCGGCACAAGAAUCUCAAUUCGGUAAGGCGUUUCCACUUCCAUUUCGCAAUGAAAGACGUCGGGUGCAAGGUGAGGCCGAAUUUCUGGUUGCAGAUGGGAUUCUCGCCGGACGAGUCUCAGCUCGAGGUAAUGGAUGUUGAACUUCGAGGGGAUGAGUGGAAUGAUGAUCCCUUUUCCCUGCGUUGUCUUCCAGAGAGCUUCUACCGCUUGAAGAAUCUAAAAAUUUUGAAGCUUGCUGGUGUUUCUCUAGAGACUAGAAUAGGUUCCAUUUUUCUUCCAAGUGUUAGGAAAUUGCUGCUCCUGUAUGCAGUGAUUAAAUCCUGUGCGUCAUUAAGCAAGCUCAUCUCUGGUUGCCCUGUUCUGGAGACUCUUCAAAUCGAGAGUUGCAGACACUCAAACAAAGAGGAGAACGACACACUCAAUGCUUUCUUACCUUGCUUGAAGAAAUUGACCAUUAUCGGCGAUAUCUUCUAUCAUGAUCACUGCAUUGUAAUAGAUGCACCUAGUCUUGAGCAUCUUUAUCUUGACGAAUACCCCGAGCUGCAGCUGUCACAGGACGGCAGUCGUCCAUUGCAAUGCCUACAUUCAGCAAUGCUUGAACAGGGUGAAAGCGGGAUCUCGAACCGUGGCUUGACUAGGCUCCUCGCCCAAAUCUCUAACGCAAAGGUGCUGUGCUUGUCGUGGAGAACACUGGUAAUCACUAAUCAGCAUUUGCUCCUUUUUUGGGCACCUCUUAUUUUUGUUGCCUCUAAUUUGAAUGGUUGA